UUGUAUAAUACGACAACCCACUUCGAAAAUCCUAAUUUGGCAUAGGAACAACGUCAAACACUCACGUCAUCACACAACUAGAUCCUGUCAAACUCAAACCUAGUGCCUGUCAAAAAAUUGUAAAUAACUAUAUUGCCAAGCCAUUCUCUGAAUUUUCACAAACAUAUAAUUUCCCCUGCUUUGGUUUGUUUUGUAGUCUUUGGAAAGAAGCCAGAAAUCGUGAGAAAUAAACACGCCACCUUCAGUAUUUAAUUCGCCUUAUAGUUUUUUUAUAACGGUUUAUUCGCAGCACAGAUGUCACGGCGAACUGGGAAGAAAACUGAGAAUUUGUAUUUUCUCAUUCUUGAAUCUUGAGCACCCUUUGAUGAAUUCGCCGUGAGUUGAGAGAAGCUCUGAUUGGCGAAGAGAAUAUUCCACUGGCACUGGCACUGGCACUGGCAGUCCGGUAAAGUCAGCAAAAGUCGACAAACAUUAUUUACGGAGUAUAGUUACGUGUAAUUGCGCGCUUUAAAUUUGACGUUUCUUAUUGCAUUUUCCAAUUAAUUUAAAAUCAUAAGGUUUGAAUACAAAUUUGAGUGCGAAUAUCAAACAACGGUGAAAACUAAGUUGAAAGUGCGUUGUGCAGGGUUGUAGAAUAUCAUCAAUUUUGUAGUGCAAAAGUGGUGUGGGAAAAGGCGCCGAAAAGUAACGUCUAGCCAGACAAUUUCAAUUGCAAAUCUAUAUAAAUAUAUACACAUAUAACAUAUACUGGUGAAUACAUAGAACACGUGUCUAUUUGCGAAAUUUUAGAAUUUGCAAAGAGUGUGUUUGUGCGUACUAAAAGAAUAAAUACCACCAAAAUAAAUAAGUAAAAAGCUAUUUGCAUAAAAAUUUCAAACAUUUCGUUCCACAAAAAUGUCUGUACCCGUUGCUAUCAAGACAGAGGAAGUCAUUCUGGAAAGCACCGAAUACAACAGCGCAGAGGAAUUGGACGAGGAGCUACAAUUACAAUUAGAAGAUUCUGGGGGUGAAUAUAUCCAGUAUCAGACGGAAGAAUCGGAAAUACCACAACGUCAGCGUCACACCAAUUCCGACAUGAAUACAAGUAGUUCAUCAACAAAGAGUGGCAGAGGAGAGGGUGGCACUUCAUCAAACAAUAAUAUCACUAAUAACGGUGGCAACAAAAACCUUCUGGAGAGUGAGAAACGUAUGCGACGAGAAAUUGCCAAUAGCAACGAACGACGACGAAUGCAAAGCAUCAAUGCCGGUUUUCAGAAUCUACGUUCGCUCCUACCACGACACGAAGGCGACAAGUUGAGUAAGGCUGCGAUUUUACAACAAACCUCCCAAUACAUCUACGAAUUAGAAAACCAGAAGACACAGCUCUUAAACCAAAAUAGUCAAUUGAAGCGUCAACUCGGUUUGCAUGAAUCGAAUACAGCAGGUGGCUCAGCUACCGGGGCAGGAGAAAAUUCAACAACUGGUAGUUCUGGAGAUUCGUUAAAUAAGGGCGGAGCCAUAAAAAAACGCAAACUCACUGACAACAUAAUCAGCAUUCAGACGAUAAGUGAUUCCUCCGAUGAAGGCUUAGGUUCAAUGUCACCGGAACCGACGACACUUCUGAAUGCGAGUGGCGGCAAUGUCAAUGCGAAAAGCCAGGUAAUCAUUGCACAUAAUGUCGCCACCUCUAAGGAAUUGAGCGAAAUGAAGAAACAACUGGAAAAAGAACGCCGCAUGCGCACCAUGCUGGAAGAGGAACUGCAAAUGAUAAAGCGGCAGUUAUAUUCGGUGGCCACGGCGCCUCCAGCCUCCACAUCUACAUACAUUCCACGUGAAGUGAUCGAACACACAGAUAAUUUGGUGCGCGAAUCCAUAGAUGAGUUGCCAACUGGAACUGUUUCCUAUGUUGAAAUAGAUGAAAUGACCGGUCAAAGGCAAGUGGUUGUUUGCUCGAGUAUUGAAGAGUUGGAGAGUGAAGCUGCAGCGGCAGCAGCAGAAAUAAUCACAGAGGACCACGUACAGGAGGAGGUCAUUCUAUCCUCAACGUCGUCAACAGAAUCUGAACAAGAGGUUAAUGCUAUUGCCAAGGCGUAUGCUGAAGGCUCAUCGCCGUCAGCGGCUGUCUUACAGCCAAUAUUGCAAGCCGCCAUCAAAGCAACGCCAAAAGUGGAAGUGGAACGCAUACAGGAGAUCAUCAAAGUAAAAACGGAAAAGAUAGACCAACACAGCGGCUUGACACGUUCGCGCCAGAAUCUAGAAACCAUCGUGGAGGCAAUAAGGCACUUAGAAGGUGACCAUCUAUUCGCCGAUGGCAGUGAGCAAAAAUUGCAGCAACAUCAGCAGAAUCAAAGAGCAGCACAAGAAGCUCCUCUGGCGCUAACAACAAAAGUGCAGCAUGCGCAGCGAGCUACAUUGGCGGAGUUGCGCCCUUACCUGCAAAUCAAGGGCAAUAAGCAAGUAACUAUCGUGCAGCAACAAAGCCAGCCGAAGGAUAAUGGAGCAGGAAGCAUUGGCCCCACCACUGUGAUGCCCACCGCCAUUUAUAAAGUGCAAACCACAACCGCGGGAACGAGUAAUGUGGGCACAGGACAAGGGGCGCAACAGGUGACGAUCACAACAACGGCCCUAAAGCAGGUUCGACCGGGUGUCAUUGUUGCCAAGCAGCUGUCUUGAUUGCAUUCAGCUGCAACAGUGUCGCCAACCGCAAAUAUAGCAACUACUGAAAUAGAGGUGAUUGGAAGUUCCGCUAGCGCGAGGCCAGAGACGGCAGCAUCAGCAGCGACAACAGCAGUAUCAAUUGACUGUUUCCAAAAGAAAAAUGAAUUCGAAGAAAAAAUGUCACAAUUGGAAUCGUCGACAAAAAUUCCAAUUCCAACUACUCUGGUCACCAAACUAGUGGGUGUUAGAGGAAAACUUGCAAAUAAAGGGGCAAAAUUUGUUUCUAAUGAAAAUAAUAAUGACACUUUAAAUAUAAAUGUAACGGUCGAUAAAAAUUUUGCCACCAACAGAUCAAUCCAUAAUAUGAUAUAUUCGCAACCGACGAAGCCGAGAACAUUAGAAAAAUGUACAAAGACUGCUCAUAAUACCAAAUUUACCGUUUCAUCAACAACGGCUACCAACAAACUCACUGCUGUUGUUAUUUCGCCGCCGGCUGGAGUGGCGGCAAAAUCUACAAAAUGCUAUCGCAAUUUGGUCUCUUCAAAAGGAAACACUGCUGUUGGAAAGUUGAAAGCAGCUGAAACUGCUCCUAAACUAUUUACUAAUACUACAACUACAAAUACUACUACUACUUUAAAGAUGAAUAGUAAUAAGAAACAUAAUACUUGUAACGAUAAUAUAACUAACUUUAAUUAUUGUAAUAUUUUACCUAUGUUAAUAAAACAUCAUCAAGCAGAAAAUCUUGAUGUUGCCAAUAUUGUUAAUGGUAAUAAAUGCAAAAAAUAUAAUCAUAAAAUAGUGUGAACGAAUAUAUAACUGCAAAACCCAAUAUAACUACGCAAAAUAUAGCAGAGAUAUAGGGGAGAAAACAUACAUAAACGAAUAAGCUUUAUGGUACUUCUUGUUAAUAUGAAAAAAAAUAUUUAUUUUACUGGAUUUCAAAGAGCUAUGUGAAUGAAGGAUUCAUUAAUAUUUAUAAAAACAUAUGUAUGUGUAAAUUACAAUACUAAAUCUAUUCCUAAAGCCAAGAGCAAAGCGUGAGUUUCGUGUAUUUGUUCCCGUAUUCAUCUAUAUUAAAACCUCAUUUUUUGUAUUGUGAUGGCAAAAAUGCAUAAGGGUUAUGCUUUGCCAAGGUCAUAACGCGAAAGCAUGGCAGAAUGUUGUCCCAUCUAGUGCUAGUAUCUGUCGUGAUUGUAUUUGUGGUCGUAUGAGGCAGUAGAUUAAGUCGAUAUGAAGUUUGUUCCAGUAAACAUAAUUUUUUUCUUUAAAUUUAUAUUUGGAAUAAUCAACGCGCGUUCAUUAAAGAUGACUAGACUAACACUACGUUUUGGACAUUAGAAUGUCACGACAAAAGAAAAUAGAAAAGAAAAAGGAAACGACAAACUGCGUUGAACAGCCUUGCAGUCAGAGUUAGAAACAUACGACGAUGGUGCGAAUAGAACGGAUUUUCGUUAUUUCAUUUUGUGCUGGCGAAAGAAACAAAAAUGGUAUAACGAUAUCACCUUUAAAAGAUACCUUGGAAAUAAGCAUAAUAAGUAGAAAAUUAUGCGAGCGGUUUAGUAUUUAGAACGCUAACGACUUAAUUGCAUCGGGUCUUAUGACGAGUUGCAACUACCGAAACCUAACCUCCUUAGUCGACUUAAGCUACUAUAGUAAACGACCACAUAUAAUAUUGUCACUUAAGCGACGGACUUAGGUAUAUCGCCUGAUGAAGGAUAUUACCAAACACUUCACAAAAGUACAUUUGUAUAAUCAUGCACUACAUUUGAAUAUUGCUUCGACACUGGCAAACAGCCAGAAGAGGAUUCCGGCAAAGAUUAAUCGAAAUGCCAUAUUUAACUCAUUAAAUUCGGAGCCAACGUCGAUCACACAAAUUUCGACGUUAUUCUUUCCCAAGAUUUUCGUACUCCGAGCUUUAGCAUUCGUUUACUACUGGCAUCGGAUUUGCUUUAUUCUUAUCUUAGAUACAAAAAUUAAAUUAAUCUCAACCAGUAGUUGUUAGCUGUAGUUUUUUCAAAACGACUUUGCCGUUCGAAGGCUGAGUAUACAGACGGCUUUUUUUUUACCUUAUUUUCGAUAGCUUUAACAUACGCUUUUGUUUUUCGAAUACUUAUGAGUUUUAACAUUUGAAUGGCAGACAAUUUUGUAAAAUACUAAAGGCGGAUUCUCCGUUCUCUGUCCGAACAACUUCUUAUUUGGUCAUAUUUUUUGGUUGGAGAGAAUGCGUUCCGAAGGACGUUUUACCGAAUCUGAGUUUAGAGUGCAGAAUUAAAAAAUACCUAAAACUCUUGGAAAUUUGACAGUUACAAGGCUAACGACAUCAUUGCAAUGAUUUAUUAUUUUUUUUAAUUUCAAAGCCUCACCUCUGACUCUCACCAUGGCCACAAGUAAAAUUCUAUUGCUGCAGAAAGCCUUUCCAGCUUUGACUAUUUAUGAAAUGCAUCUUCAAUCACAAAAGAGUAAUAAGAAAUAAAAAAAUACCAACCACAGAAACAAAAACAAUGGCAAAGUACAAAACGAAAUAGAUAUAUAUAUACACACACUAACAUAUAAUUUUUGCAUGCAUAACGAAAUAAUAGAAACAUGCAAAAUAGAAACUGUGCAUUAAAGAUUCAUCCGACCAUGUUUUACUAAAAGUAUAGAAGGUCACUUUGGAACAUUUUACCCAGAGAUGGGUGUAUACAUACAUACGUAUAUAACUUAAAUAUUAUAUAUCAUAUUCUUAUAUUAUUUUUAAGAUACAAGUUUUAUUUGUAGUAAUAAGCACUCAGUACUAUCGCAUUAGUUUUCGAAUGUAUCUACUCACUUCAGCCGAACGGAGAAAUCGACAAAAAUCAAAACAUUUUUUUUAUUGCGAGAAUGGUAACUCUAGCUUUCUAUUUUUGACCGUAUUACUGCUUGCUGGUUUAACCAUUAACAUUAAUUUUAAAAAAUAAAAUUAAUUAUCAAAAAAGAAAAAAAUACAAAUAACGAAGAUGUUUAAAUGAAUAUUCCGCGAAGGGGAUUAUAUAGCUAUUUAAAUUUAAGCUUAAAUUAAUUAUGUUUUUGUUUACUUUUUUGUUCUGUUGACUGUUUGUAUAAUAAUUAUCAAAAAUAAAAAAAUUUGAGAAAUCAAUCUAAAACGUAAACUACGAAUUGCUGUUUGCUUGCUUACAGAAAGCUCAGUAUGCACAUAUAAAUAUGUAUAGAUUAAGUUAGACUUUUAUGUUUAAUUGUAUGCUACUUUUUUAGCUUAAAGCGUCAAAAUGAAAUAUUCUAAUUUUUUCUCAUACAGUACAUGUAUGUAUGUAAAUUCAAACAUAUACAUAAUCUUUUUAUCUCUACUACGCUUUUGUGUGCCUACAAAACAAAGAGAACUUUCUUUCAGUUUUAUUUAUGAAAAUUGAAUAAAUUAUAUUUUAAAAAUUA